AUGGCCAAGGAGAUCAAGCAGAACGUUGUCGACAACGGCAACACAAAACUGAACGUCAAUGUGGGCACGAUCGGUCACAUUGAUCACGGCAAGACGACUUUGACGGCUGCGCUUUUGCGUGUGCAGUCCGAAAAGGGUCUUGCUAUCUACAAACCGUAUGACCAAAUCGCAAUAGGAGGCAUCGUCCGUGACAAAUCGAAAACCGUUACGAUCACUGCGGCUCACGUCGAGUACGAAACGGCUGCGCGAACGUAUGCCCAUAUCGACUGCCCCGGUCACGCGGACUACAUCAAGAACAUGAUCACCGGUGCGGCUCAGAUGGACGGAGCAAUCCUCCUGACUUCUGCUGCCGACGGGCCUCAACCGCAAACUCGCGAGCACAUUUUGCUGGCGCGUCAGGUUGGCGUUCCACACUUGGUUGUGUUUCUCAACAAGUGCGAUUUGGUCGACGAUCCCGAGUUGAUUGAAUUGGUCGAAAUGGAGAUUCGUGAUUUGCUGACGCAGUACGGGUUUGACGAAAGUCAGGUUCCGUUCGUUCGCGGCAGCGCCUUGAUGGCUCACGAAAAUCCAACCGACGCCGAUUCGAUUCGCUGCAUCGAGGAACUUCUCGAUGCACUCGAUACGUCGAUUCCUGAUCCUCUGCGUGACAUGGACAAGCCUUUCAACAUGCCGAUCGAGAAUGUUUUCAUGAUCGAAGGCAGAGGCACCGUUGUCACGGGAAAGAUCGAAGCGGGCAAAGUCCGUGUUGGCGAUCGCGUCGACAUCGUAGGCAAGGAC